AUGGAAGAGGUUGAAGCCCAGGGCUUCAAGACCUCAAGAAACAUGGAGGAGGUUCUCAUCAUUAACAAUACAUCAUGGAAACCAGACACCUGUCAAGACUGCAUCUGCUACAAUGAUAUUGUCAUCUGCAAACCCACUCGCUGCCAAAAUCCCCAGUGUGACUUUCAGAGGGGCGAGCGCUUGAGAAUCCCACCCAACAAGUGCUGUCCGGAAUGUUUUGCACAGUUGCCUGGGACCUGUCAGCAUGAAGGAAUGGUUUAUGGGCAUGACAGUCAGUGGAGUGAUUCCAAAUGUUCAGUGUGCACAUGCUCUCAUGGGAAGGUGACCUGUGGGCCACGUGCUUGUCCUCCUCUUAGUUGUGGGAAAGACCAGAGUCCUUUCAUCCCAGAUGGAGACUGCUGCCCUGUAUGUGCUCAUAAUGGAGCCUCUUGCUCUUGGGAAGGCCGUCAGUACAGAGACGGAGUGGAAUGGACAGCCAGCCCCUGUACAAAGUGUCGAUGCAAAAACGGUCACACUGAAUGCCUGGUUGCAGAGUGUCAGCCUGUUAUGUGUAAAGCGAACGAGAACCUGGUGGUCCAUCCCGGGCAGUGCUGUCCUCAAUGCGAGCCGAAUCCCUGCAUGGAGGCUGGGAAUGAGUACAAGCACGGAGAGCAGUGGCAGAGGGGCAGCUGUAACACCUGUGUGUGCGAUCACGGUCAUUCUCGCUGUCAGACAGAGAAGUGUCCUCCUCUCCACUGUGAUAAGGGUCAGACGAAGGUCAAGCGAGCCGGGCAGUGCUGUGAAGAUUGUGUCUCAUCCAAAGGCAGCUGCCUCUAUGAGGGCAUUGUCCGUUACCAUGGUGAUAUGUGGAACGGCACGGGUUGUGAGUUCUGCAUGUGUGAACGGGGUCAGGUGCUGUGCCAACGGGUCGAGUGCGCCAGAUCGGAGUGCCCACGGGGAGAAGUGGUCCAUUUGCCUGGGAAAUGCUGCGCAGAGUGUAGGACAACAACCAGUUCCUGUACAUAUUUACAGCCAGACCAGAAGGGGCAGAAAGCCAACAUCAAGAACUUUAGACGCCUUAGUAAUCUGGAGAGUGUCAGAGAAGGGCUGUGUCGUGAGUGCCAGUGUCAAGAGGGUCGUGUGAUCUGUUACCAGCAUUCCUGUCCCACCUGUCCAUUGGGCACCCUAACGAUACCUCACCCUGGACAGUGCUGUCCCGACUGCAAUCCAGCAGUGCAGUGUCACAGGGACUGUUUGACAUGCUCUGGUACACCAGAUCACUGUGACAGCUGUCAUGACCCUUCUGCCCUGUUGAUGAAUGGACACUGUCUGCAGUCAUGUCCUGAAGGAUUUUUCACUCAGGGCAAAGUUUGCGCAGGCUGCCAGCCAUCAUGUGCCACCUGUGAGAAUGACUUUGAAUGCACAGCAUGUGGUGGGUCCUUUCUCCUCAGCGGCAGGCAGUGUGUGACCACCUGUGAGAGAGGUCUGUUCCAGGACCACACACGCUGCCUCAGUUGCCAUGACUCCUGUUCUGUUGUCGGGGCGGGGCCUCAGGAUUGUUUGACAUGCUCAGACCCCUCCCACUUACUGAAGGAUGGAUUCUGUGUUUCGGAUUGUGGUCCAAGCUUUUAUGCUGAUCAAGGCAGCUGUUAUGUUUGUGACCCUUCCUGUGCAAUCUGUCAUCACAACAACCCCAGCUGCAUGAGCUGCCCCCCUGAACGUGCACUGCAUCAGGGGAAAUGUGUAACACAAUGUCCACCACAAUAUUACCAGGAUGACCAUGGCCGUUGCCAAGCCUGCCACAGUUCAUGUGUGUCUUGCUCAGGGCCAGCUGUGUCUCACUGCACCUCCUGCUCAAAGUCUCUCAUCCUGAACCAAGGCCAGUGUGUGGAGUCCUGCGGAGAGGGACUGUUCUCCAGAGGGGGACACUGCCACAGGUGUCAUUCAUCCUGUAGGGUCUGUGUGGGUCCAGACUCCUCAGACUGCAUGCAGUGUGUCAAACAGGAAGAAGUUCUGCAGCCUCAAAAUGGACAUGCCUCUCACGGGUCCUGUAUGUCUGCCUGCAGGCCACAGCAUUACCUUGACACAGAUCGGACCUGCAGAGAAUGUCACAUCUCAUGUUCAGGCUGCACUGCUGGAAGUUUCCAGAACUGUACUUCCUGUAUACGGCCCAUUGUCCUUCAUCAAGGGCAGUGUCUCAAUAAAUGCCCCUAUGGUUUUCAUGUUCAGGACCAUACUUGCCAAGCGUGUCAUCCAUCAUGUAAAGAGUGUACGGGCUCGUCUCAAGCUGACUGUUCUGCUUGUCCAUCCCACGCCAGUCUUCAUAACGGCUACUGCAGAACCAGCUGCCCUGAGGGCCAGUACCUGAAUGCUGUGGGCUACUGCAUUGAGUGUGAGGAGGGAUGCCAGCGGUGUGUGGCAGACCUGCAGUCUGGUUUUGGCACUGUUUGUUUGUGGUGUAAGGUUCCCAGGAUGCUGCUGCUGGGAGAUCACUGUGUACCGCAGUGCCCACCCAAAUACUACCGGUGGCACGGAGCUUGCAAAAAAUGUCACUCUACCUGUGAGGAGUGCGGUGGGGAUGGUCCUCAUUCCUGCACUUCCUGUUUGGCCCCUGAGGUUCUGGCCCCAUCAGGUCUCUGCAGCCCUCGCUGUCCAACUGGAUAUUACGCUGAUGAAAACAGGGUGUGCCAAAUGUGCGACACUCAGUGUCUGAGCUGUGAGAUGGCAGGUGUGUGUACAUCAUGUAGAGACCACUAAAGUGCUUCUGUUUGGGAAUGUCAGUAUGAGAGCUGUGCUCAUCAGUAUUACCUGAACACCACCACACGCACAUGCAGAGAAUGCGACUGGAGCUGUAACGCAUGCCGUGGACCCCUGCGUAGUGACUGUCUGCAGUGCAUGGAGGGAUACGUCCUGCAGGAUGGCAUUUGUGUGCCAGGAUGCUCGCUGGGAUUCUACCAGGAUGCUGAGAGAUGUCUGAGCUGUGAUGAACACUGCGAGCAGUGCCAGGCCCAUGGCCGAUGCCAGCGCUGCCAGCUGCCAUAUGCCGUAUUGAAUGGGCAGUGUGUGCUGGAAUGCGGCAAACGCUACUUUUUAGAUACCUCGACCCAUCAGUGCACUGCAUGCUCAGCUGGUUGCUUGGAGUGUGUGAGUGCAGGUGAUUGCCGCGUCUGUGCUGAGAACUCUUUCCUGAAGGGUGGCCAGUGCAUCCUGGACUGUGGUCACGGAUAUUACGCUGACCCAAAAACAAGAGCCUGCCAUGCAAACAGUCGCGCUCCAUCUCUUUACAUCAAUGGCUCUCUGCUUGUUCCUAUUGGUGGAGUUAAACCCUUGGAUCCGGGCUCCUGUCAAUCAAGGAUGCAGAUAGCCAAUCAGAGAGAGAGCAUGUUGCUCCAGCUCCUUCAGCCACCCAGUAACGGGCAUCUUGUGGUCCUGGAGAAUGAUGUAGAGAGAGCACUGGACAGAGACGACACUUUCACCUUUACUCAGCUCAAAACACGAGCUGUGCGCUUCAUUCACGACAAAGAGCAGCCUGAGUGGGCAGUUCAGCAGUGGCAAGUAGAUUCUCAGCUGAAGCUCAGUCUGCUUGUGCAGAAGUUUCAGCAGGCUUCAUUUGGUAGUAAAUUCCACUUACCGAAGACUUCGGAGGUGGAAGAAGCUGCAGCACAGAAGAUGACGGAACCAGAGCGAAGAUUGCGAUGCACUUCGUUGCAGGUCAACGACGGUACUCCUGCAGAUGGUACAAAUAGGCCUAAGCACUCAAGUGACAGCACUGUGCACGAGAGACACGGAGGUGAUUCUGUGAUAUAG